AUCCCAAGAAUCAGCCCGUUUUGACCCUUCCUUCCAAGCUUUGCCCAUCGCUGAGGAUACAGCACCUGCAGGAAGAAGUAAACUACAAUUGCUGUUGCAUAAAGAAAAUCUUAACUGGUCGUAAACAGGCAAAAUCUGAGAGAGUCCCGAGAAAGGGUGGGCUACUCCCCUCUGUUCUGCAGAUGUGUCUGGGGAAAACUCUGAAGCUCUCAGACUGUUGCACCCCAAUGGCUGGUAAAGAAAUGAAGAACAGGGGUAGUAAAUGUCUGAAGGAAGUUCACACAGUUACUGAGGCUUUAAAGGCCCUCUACCGGCAAAAAUUGCUCCCUCUGGAGAAGUAUUAUGGCUUCUCCGAUUUCCACUCAUCAAGCCUUGAAGAUGCAGACUUUGACAACAAGCCCAUGAUACUAGUGUUGGGUCAGUGCUCUACAGGCAAGACCACUUUUAUCAGAUAUCUUCUUGAACAAGAGUAUCCAGGAAGCAGAGUAGGCCCAGAACCAACAACCAACAAUUUCACUGCUAUAAUGCAUGGAGAGAUUGAGGGAAUUAUUCAUGGGAAUGCUUUAACUGUGGAUGCCAAUAAGCCUUUCCGUAAACUCAGCCCAUUUGGAACCAGUUUCCUCAAUCGAUUCCAGUGUGUACAUCUACCCAACCGAGUCCUAGAGAGUGUCAGCAUCAUUGACACACCAGGGAUCCUGUCUGUGGCCAAACGCAAAAUGAAUAGAGGGUAUGACUUUCCGGCAGUUAUCCGCUGGUUUGCAGAGCACGUUGACCGCAUCAUCCUCUUGUGUGAUGCACACAAACUAGAGAUCUCUGAUGAGUUCUCAUGCUCUAUAAUGGCGUUGCGAGGCAAUGAGGACAAGCUCAGAGUGGUGCUCAACAAGGCCGACAUGGUGGACUCCCAGGAGCUGAUGCGAGUCUACGGCGCCCUCAUGUGGUCCCUCGGGAAGGUGUUCUGCACUCCUGAGGUUCUUAGAGUCUACAUUGGCUCCUUCUGGUCCUCUCCAAUGCGUGUGACAGACAAUCGGAAACUGUUUGAGCAAGAGGAGGAAGACCUUUUUGCAGACAUUCGGAACCUGCCACGAAAUUCUGCACUGAGGAAACUCAACGAUCUGGUGAAACGAGCACGGCUUGCGAGGGCCCAUGCUUACAUCAUUGGCUCUCUAAAAGAAGAGAUGCCUUUCGUUUUCUGCGGAGGAAAAAAGAAGAGAGAUCUAAUCUAUGACCUUCCCGUCAUCUACUCAAGAAUCCAACAGAGGCAUCAGAUUCCACGUGGAGAUUUUCCAGAUUGCGCCAAGAUGCAGGAGCAACUCAUGAGUCACAACUUCAAGUUUAAAGGCCUCAAGCCUAAGCUCUUAGGUGGGUUGGAUGAGCUCCUAAACACUGACAUUGCCAAGCUGAUGCCUCUUCUACGCCAAGAAGAAAAGGCAGCUGAGCAGCUCUUAAUGCAAGGAGGACUUUUUCUAGGGUCUCACAUGGACCCUUUUAUUGCGGGAAACCCAUUUCAUCACUCUGGAUCCAAUGGAGAAAGUGCUCUGGUGUCAGAUGAAGAAUGGGUGGUAUCAAAAGAUAAACAAGAGUACGAUGAGAUCUUUUACAACCUCUCGCCUCACGAGGGCAAGCUGAGUGGGACCAAAGUGAAGAACUGGAUGAUGAGCACUCAUCUACCCAGCUCAGUUCUGGGACGAAUCUGGAAGCUGGCAGAUGUGGACGGUGAUGGCAUGUUAGACGACGAGGAGUUUGCUUUGGCCGGCCAUCUCAUUGAGGUGAAGUUAGAGGGCUUUGGUCUCCCUCGUGAGCUACCUGCACAUCUAGUGCCGCCCUCCAAAAGACCACGCAAGAUCUCUGCCACAGAGAAUAGAGACAAUGAGUAGUCUGCAAGUCUUUAUAAGGACCUAUUAAGGGAGUUAUUCUCUAUAGACCAUUUUGCAAGAUGUAAACAACACUGGUCCAGAAGCACUUCCUGUUUUAGUUUAACACUACAUAAAAGCUGGGAUAAAAUACAACCAACAGAACAUGUAAAACUGAAUCAAAAAGUUAAACAACAUCUUUAAGAUGUUUUCUUUACAUGUGAAAUAAAGAAAACGGUUACAAACUGAAAAAGAAAGCGUUUCUGGACCAGUGUUGUUGACAUCUAGCAAAAUGGUCUAUCACUUUCUGAACUCCCUGAAACGCCUCGAUUGUAAUCUUUAAGUUUUUUCUGCAAAUGAAACCGUCAUAAUAUUCAUCAUUUAAAUAAUUCCAGUCCAAGGCUUAUGCAAAGUAAAAAAAAAAAACUGGUCCAGCCGACCAAUUAGAUUGCAUUUGGAAAGAGGGGCUUCAUAGAGACAGGAACUAAACAGACUUGCAGCAACAAUGCCAAAUAUAUCAAAAAAGAAUGUGUUUUUUGAACAUUCAAGCAUGAAAACCUAUUAUAGUAGAACACAAUCAACAUUUUGUAAAAGGGCAUAUUAUGCCCUCAAUGUUUAUGAUGAUAGGGUUUAUUCAACAUGCAAGUCAUGAAUAAUACUAAUGUAUUCACUCAUAUAAUGCCUAAAAUCACUAAUAUUUGCAACGGUUGGAUGAAUAAAUCCUCCAUAUGAUAUAAUCUCAGUUAAGACGAGUUGUUUUGAUGGUUCAGAUUGCCCAACAGCUCGUUCUGUUGUCUUGGCUGGUUGUCUUGGCAGAAACGCCCUCGAGACUGUUGCUGAGGAACAUGUCAAAACAGAGCCUGAGGUGUCUUAUUACAUUUCAAAUUAUAGUUGUCAAGUAACAUUUAUUUAAAAAAA